AUGUUUGAGCAACUCGACUUCUCGCGGUUUCACAACAAGAACACGCAUGAGCGAGAUCAGUUCUGCCGUGAGUUAAUUUCCGAGUUGAGCAAGUCAGGCUGGGUACGACUGGUCAAUCAUGGCGUCCCUCCAGAGAGCAUCGACCGGGCAUUUGAAAUGAGCCGCGAGUUUUUCGAACUUCCAUUGGACCAGAAACUGAAGUCACCUCAUCCUCCCACAGCGCAUCCCCAUCGGGGCUUCAGCCCCGUUGGUCUCGAGAACAUAUCAAGUGUGUCUAAUUAUCGCUCCUCGGCCAUACAACCCUUACUCAGGGAUAUGAAGGUAUACCUGUUGAUCGGAUACAUAUCCACUGUAUUCCAAUAUCUGGCCUCCCCGGGACUCCACGAUGGCUUUCGAGAUACAAUGAACUCAUUCUUCACUUUCUGUUACGAGGCCGAGCUGAUGAUUCUGGAUGCUAUUUCGAUUGGCCUGGGAUUGCCCAUUCAUUCUCUACGUGAACUACAUGGCGCACAGACCAACGAGCUGCGUCUCACUCACUACCCUGAAGUGGAUCGGGCGGAUUUUGCCAAUGCCACCCGCAUUGCGGCGCACACAGACUUUGGUACAAUUACUCUAUUGUUCCAAGACAAUGUUGGGGGCCUGGGUAAGCGAUACUACCUUCCAAAUGUGGGCAUUGAGCUGACAUUCAAAGAGAUGGAACAGCCCCCUGGGAGCGGGGUCUUUGUUCCGGCUGACAAUGCUGGUCUCCAUGAGUGUAUUGUCAAUGUAGGUGAUUGUCUCCAGAUUUGGACAGGUCUCCAUAGUGCCCGACACCGGGUACACCUGGCAAAGAGGGAGAGCCAGGGUGAUAUGGUCCCAGAACGCUUCUCGAUUGCGUAUUUCGCAAAGCCUGAUCGUGCUGCCCUCCUCCGUCCACUGCUGGAUUCGCUGGACAAGCCAACGCAAAAGCUCUUGACAGCCAACGAGUUUCAGCAUAUGCGCAUUGAAGGCACGUACGCCUGA